AUGGAUAACCAAGCUUGUUUGAAUGAAGACGGGCUCUUCAGUGACUCCAGAACAUUAACUCAUACAGAGAAGAUGAAGUUUGCGUCAUCUGAAAUUACAGCAUUUGAAAUAAGUGAACCAAAAAGCCAGAAAAAGUGUUCCAAAAGCUGCACGUGGAUUAUGGUUAUGGUGUACCUGAUUAUGCUCACUGCAGGCUUCGGAAUAUUGGCUUAUACAGUCCAUAAGAUUGCCAAACAGCUAGAUGACAUAACAGAAAAAUGGAAGAAUCACUGUCCCAAUGAAACUGAACAGGUGAAGACUUUUGGGGAAACAAGCUACCAGAAGGCGGAAGGAAGCUGGAUCAGAAAUUUAAAGGACGAAAUCCACACAAUCAAGCUGAGCAACCAACAAUUGCAACUGAAAAUUGGCAAUGUUACAGGUGCCAAAGGAGAAAGAGGAGUUCCAGGAAUAAAAGGUGACCAAGGCAAAAAAGGAGACAAAGGUGAAAAAGGAGAGCCCAGUCUAAAAGGAAGCAAAGGGGAUCCAGGACCAAAGGGUGAAAAUGGAAAUGCAAGUCAUCUUGUGCUUACUGGACCAAAAGGUGAACCAGGAACAAAAGGAGAAAUAGGAGAAAAGGGAUCUCAAGGCUCUCCAGGAAUUCAAGGAAAAUCUGGUGCAAAAGGAGACAUGGGGCCAGAAGGACCAACUGGUGCUACAGGGCAGAAGGGUGACAAAGGGGAGCACGGCAACCAGGGGCUUCCAGGACUGAAAGGAGAUCAAGGGGGAAAGGGUAACAAAGGUGAUCCUGGUCUGCCUGGAGAAAAAGGAAGUAAAGGAAGCACUGGGGAUCCUGGACGGAAAGCAAGAAGUCCCAACAUAAGAAUUGCUGGAGGAAGUAAUCGAGGCCGUGUUGAAAUUCUGCACAAUGGGCAAUGGGGUACAAUAUGUGACGAUAGUUGGGACCAAAGUGAUGGAACAGUGGUUUGCCGAAUGAUGGGAUACACUGGAAGAGCCAUUGUCUUCACCGCAACUGCAGGAACUGGAACUAUCUGGCUGGAUGAAGUGAACUGUUCAGGAACAGAAUCCUCCAUUGAGUUGUGCAGUAAAUCUGACUGGGGUGUACACAACUGCAAUCAUAAUGAAGAUGCUGGUGUAGAGUGUUCCUAA